GAUCUAUAGGUACACUUGACUAGGUUUCGUUAUUGUGUCAAUGUAGGUACAUUGAUUAUUCUAAUAGCAUAUACAGUAUAUUAAUAGAGCUAAGAUCGAUUAAUAACGUUUCUUCUGCAGAUUAGUGUAAAUCAUAAUAAUGGAAGGCGGAUUAUUGCUGAGGAAGAUUUGCGGACAAAAUGAGUGUUCUAAAUACCAAAUGUGUUUGGAGCAAGAAUGGGAGUGUGAUCCAUGUUCGAAAUAUUGUGAGAAGUUGUCCGACAACUACAAUUAUACAAUUUGUGAACAGCACUGCCAAGGUAUGAUAUUAACGUGUCUACGAAAAUGCUACUCUAAUGAUGUAUAAUAUUGGUAUAGAUUAAUAUUUAUAUAUUGAAUUAUAAAUUGCAUGCUAUAUAAUAAUGUUUGAUUAAUAAAAUAAUGAGAUAGGGGGUGAAUGGAGUUUAACUAGUUUAAGGUAACUAAAUAUGAGUACCCCACCUUCCCCAAUAACAUUACACAGUAGCCACACCCAUCCCCAGUAUUACCUCUUUAUUGUCAUACUUUAUAAAUCCCACUUUCCUAACUACCCACUUACAACAGUGAUCAUACAUAUUUUGCAAAUGUUGGUACACUCAGAACUACUUUAUUCUGAAUGAUCCAAUUUGAAUUUGUUAAAUUUUAAUUUACACAAUUUAAUAUAAAACAUUCAGUUAUCACUCUAAUUAGAUAUCUACUUUACCUACUUAUUUUUUAUUUUCAUUAUAAUAAAUCAUACACAAUAUUGUUGCAUUGGGUUAGUUGUAUUUUAUAUUUCUUUCGGUAAAUUAUAUUAUUAGUUGGCCAACAAUGUAAUGUUUCUCAUCCGUCAAAAAUGAUACAUAUAUGUAUAUUAUGUACUUACUAUAUAUUAAUUAGAAUUUGAAUUGCCUAAAACAUCUCUUAAAAUAUGUUCAUACUCAUACAUUAGUAUACUGAUCUGUCAGCCUAGGGAAGUAUUGUAUUACAUAGUAUAUUAAUUUGACAAAUUGUAUAUAUUAGUUUAAUACCUACUUCUGAAUGUCAUUUAGGUAUAACAAUAUGAUUUUGAUAGAUAUAAUAUAGAUAAACAUACCCUAAGUAAUAAUAAGUAAUUUGUAUAACACAUUUUCUAGUAGUCAAUAUUGAAGUUUGAACACAUUAUGACUAUUUAAGUGCUNAAAUAUACAUUUUACAUUUAAAAGUAUAAUAUUACCAGACACUCAAAUUAAAAGUCAAUUUUGUAGAUAGCAGAAAUUCUAAAAUUAUAUACCAGAACAUAAUACUUAUAAGAACAUGAUUUCAUAAUUAUUUUAUUAUUGGGAUUAUUUAUGUUUAAAUUUAAAUAUUGUGUAAAAAUUAUGAAGACACUUAGGCUCCUUGACUUUUUAUUUAAACUUUAACUAUUUUGUAAUUUUGUAAAAUUAUUUUGUAAGAAGUCUUGCUACACUCAUCUGAUGAGUAUCCUUGUAGUUUCCAAGUCUCCUAGCCACUAAAUUUGGUUGAACAGGAAUAUCUCUUCUCUGUUUAGAACUAAAGCAAUAAAAACAACUAAGCAACAUAAUAAAAUUGCAUAUUUGUAUUACAUAUUUAUGAAAUAAUAUUAAAAAUAUUUACCUAAAAGCAUUAUUAAUAAUUGAGUUGAAGUAACUAUAUUUUGAAUUUUUUUUUUUGUUAAAAUGUUUAAAUAUUUUAUGAAUGUUUCCGAAAUAUCUUUUUAUAAAACAAUUCCAAGAUUAUUUAUAGAACUUAUAAACUCCGUCCACUUUUUUUUUUUUGCUGGCUAGCUUUAUCAUUAGAUGAUGAAUCAAUUAGUGUUUCUCUAAUAUAUGUUGAUUUUUUGAUGAUCCACAAUUAUCUUGAUAACUUUCUGACAAGACUGUUUUGCUUUCUUCAAUGAAUAAAAUAUUUUUCUUCAUUAGAGAAGUUUAAGGAGUUGAUAGUUCAUAAAUGUCAUGGUGUACAAAUUUUUGUUAUUGGUAUAAGUAUAUUUAAUCACUUUGUUGAUAAUAAAUUAAUUAUUAUGAAAUUUUGUGAAAACAACCAAGCUGCAUGAAUUAAUAUAUCUCAUAAUUUGUAUCAGUUAUACCUCGAUUAUAAAAACAUACGAGAUUCUAGAGCAUAGACUUAUUAUUAAAUGGACUGAACCUAGAGAGGUUUGUAUAUUAAUAUUGUUAGAAAAACAUGGCAUACGACUUAAGAUGAUUAUAGAAGAACAAAUCAUAUACCACGAAAAAUAUUUAAUUGUUAACUUAAAAUGGUUCUUCAAAGAUAUAGACGGAGUAUGUAGAAGGCACAUUACAUUUAUUAAUAUAUCUAUGGUCUAGAGACAGUCUAGAGCAAAUUCUUUAUCAAUUAUAAUUAUAAUACUUCAUAUUAAAUAACCUAAUAUUAUGUAUGACAGUAUCUUAUAAACAUGUAUGUACAAACUACAGAACAUUAUACAAAAAUACAACAUAAUAAUAAUAAUAAGUGUAUGAAUGUAGGAUCAUAAUGUAAAUAGCAUAUGUGUCUUAUUGUCCAUAUGCAUGGUCAAACUGCAAAUCAAUAUGGACAUAAGGAAACCUAUCUUUUUUGUUGGAAUCAUCUAUUAUUUGUUUUUUAUGUUGUUCAAUGUCGGUUUAUUUUUAGUUGAACAAAUCUCAACUGUUUUUGAACAUUUUUAUUGGCUGGUUUUGACUUGCAUUUUCAUUUAAUGAAACAGGAAAAUAAAAUUCUUGUUCAUAUAGCAUUUUUAAAUUUUAAAUUUGAGUCUAAGGAUAAAUUAAUUUUAUUGUAGGUGUUCAUUAUUUAAUUUAUAUGCUUGUGACACAAACUUGCUAUAAAAUUAAAAUGUAAUUUAAUAUUCAAAUUGUAUAUGAUAUUUGAUAAGAAAUUACGAUAUAAUAAUAGAUAAUUCAUUUACUCGUGUGCAAGUUAUUUAACAAAAAAUAUAGUGUUUUAAUAUUAAUAAGGAAUCUACUCGUGGGCUGUCUCUAUAUCACGGUUUAAUGUAUAUAGGUUAAAUAACGGCCCAUUUACUCCAUACAACAGUCACUUACGUAUUUUUUUUUCGAAAUUAAUGUAACUUGCGAUAAAUUACAACGUUAUAAUCUAAUCGUCACUUCCAUCAAAUAUUUAAAUAAAAAAAUAAUAUUACAUUAUUUCCAGUUAACAUUAGCCAUCUCCAUUCUGUUUUCCUGAAGUGAAAUAGAAACAGCAAUUAAGUUGUUAAAGACUAAACUAGAACUUUUUUCGACAACAGAACCAUCAGAUAUAAUAAUAUAAUUUUAUAACAUUUAGGUACUAAAUGCAAAUUCCAAUAAGUGAUUUUUAGGAGAAAUAUAAAAUUUUCCUACUUUUAAAAACUUAAAAACUAUCAAAACCAGAAUAUGUAGGCAUUACCAUAAAGUUAUGAUACAUUUUUAAAAUAAAAUAAAAUUAAUCAAACUUACUUAAUCAAAUUUUAAAAAAUAAACACAAUAAGAUUAUAUUGCAACAACAGUCUACAUAAUAUUCUACAUUUAAUUUGUUACACAGUUAUACAAUUAUAUUAGUUAGGUACCUAUUGAUUAUCUGCAAAACGCUUAUUGGUAAUUUAAUAAAUUUAGAUUUUAUUUUGAACUUAAAUUACAAAUUAUACAAAAUAAUUAAAAAUUUUUUGUUUAUAGAUUAUAUACACGACUUUAUCAAACAAUAUGUUUCGGAAAAUCAAUUAAAAGGUGAGUAAAUAAAAUUAAAAUAACCUGCAGCAGUACCGUAGCAGAAAAAAUGUUUGAAGAGGUGGCCCUUAAUUUGUUAAGCUAGAAUACAUAUCAACUUUUAGAUCCUGAGUAAAGCGAAGAUGCGUAUGGUAUUACAACUUUUUUUUUUUUUUUGGACAACUUUUCUAGCAGAGGACUUGCUCCGAUUUUUACAUGUAGCCACUUUUCUGGAAAGGAAAUCAGUGUGGGAAGUUACCUUAAAGAGGUCAUUUUCCGAUUUUCUCAAAUUUUCUCAUAAAAUACAAAAAACCGAAAGAAAAGAAAACGGGAAUAUGUGAAAAAUGUAUUUUGAGUAGUAUAUUUAAGUAUGAUAUUAUUUUUUUUUUUCUGUGGACAACUUUUCUACCAAAACAUACCGAAUUUCCUACGUUUUUUCCGGUUUUCUCUCCGUUUUUAUUAGGUUUUUUCACAUUUGAUGACUCUUGGAAAAUCAAAAAAUGACCUCCAUAAAGUACUUCCCAGUCAAUUUUCCUUAUAGAAAAAUUUCUAUCAUCAGUUGGAGCAAAAUUACUGGUAGAAAAGUUUUCUACAGAAAAAAAACAGAAGGCUGUAAUAUGUUUAACUCAUAACUAAAUUUCUUACAUUUUCCCGUUUUUCCUCAGUUUUUUUUCGGGUUUUCAUAUUUGUUGAUAAAAUUCCUGAGAACAUCGAAAAGUUACCUCCCUAAAGUUACUAUUAGUGAGAUAUUCUUUCAGAACAGGGUCUACAUAGUAUAUAUUGAAGUAAACUUUCUGGUAGAAAAAGUGUUCACAUAAAAAAAAUAAACAAAUAAAUACACAUCUUUGUAAAACCAAUAAAUUAUAUUAUGCACUCGGAAUCUAUAAAACUAUUUUAUUAUUAUACAUUUUGAUUAUUACAUAAUAAUAUAUACUAGGUACUAGGAAAAAAAUAUCCCCACUAUUGACAGUCGUAAGCACGUUACUUGUGUGUACGUUUGGGCCUGAUUCUCUUAUGAACAUAUUUUCAUGCCACAUUACUUAGUAACUCGCUCUACGCUACAAAUAAUAUGAAUGUAAAUUUAUGUGCUUAUUAAAACAAACAAUAGUUGCAUUUUUAUUUCUUUUUUAGACGUGUAUGAUUUAAUAAAUACGUUGAAAACUAUUCUUUUUUCAAUGAUCGCCCUGAAUGUCCUGGCGUUCAUUUCUCUUUUCGUAGUUUUGUUUGUAUUAUGGGUUUAUGAAAGGAAGCAGACGAUGAAAGAAAAUCGCACUGAAAAUAUUCAAUUGGAAAGUAUAUCCACAGAACAGGUAAUGUUUCCUAGUUUUAUAAUUGAAUUGGUUUAUUAACGUAUGCGAAUAAAACUCGUUUAAAUAAAAAUACUAUUGUAACAAAAUUAAAAAAGCUGAGCAAUUUCGCACAGGGAUGGUCCACUGUUGUAGAUGAGAAGUUUGAAAGAUAGUUGAGGGGAAAUUUGAUGUGUGACUGUAAUCAAAAACGAUAAACCAUUGCUAACAAAAAAAGAUUCUGAGGAGUUCUGUUGAUAAUUUGGUUUUUUUUUUGUAUUAUGACCUUUAUGUUUAUUUUCAUUUUUUUUUUAACUAAAUUAUUGUACAUUUUAAAUAAAAAUAUAAAUUUCUUGACAUUAUAAAUUAUUGUUGGUCAAUUUUAUUGGGAACAAAAAGUGAAUAUUGUUUUUGGUAAGUGUAUGAAGAACAUAAGAAAGAGAAUCUCUAUACAACUUAUAAGUACCGAAAAACAGGCGAAAAAGUUAAUGUCCAAACCAUCAUUUAAAGACAGGACGAUAUAUUUCGAAAAUAUAAUGACUAUACAUAUGAAUAAUAAAAUAAUUUAAUUCGAUAAACCUAUUUGUGUAGAAUUUACUAUAUUAGAUAUAUCUAAAAUAUCCAAGUCAAUUCUAGACAACUUUUUCAAUGAUUAAAAAAAUAAAUUAUUUCCACAUCUGUUUCUAUGACAGUUAGAAAAAUCAAUCAAGAUUUUUUAAAGAUGAACUGAAAAGUGAAAUAUUAAAACAAUUUAUAGAAUUACGUUCUAAACUGUACGCAUGUAAAGCAGAUAAAAUCAAAUUUUAGAAAUCCAAAGACGUGAAAAAUUAUGUAAUUAAUAAGCAUAUGAGAUUUGAUGAUUAUAAAAAAUUUUUAGAUGCGUACACAAAUAAUAUGGAUAUAUCUAAUAAAACUAACCGUCACAUGGAUUGUUUGGGUUGAAUUAGCGGGAUUUUGCUUGCAAAACAUUUUUUAAUUUGUUUUUGGGAAAAUAUUAUUUUAUAAGUCUCUACAAUAUAGGUAUAUAAUAUAGUAUCUGAAAAAUCAUUAACAGCGUUUGAUAUUAUUAACGAUGCUGGACCAUGGUAUAAAGUAUUAAAAUUUUGUACUUCACAAUUUAAAUUGUUAUUUUUCCAUAUUUGUUCUCCUUUAAAUAAAUCAAUACCAUAGUUUUCUGAAAAUUUCAUUUUUGUGCUCGUUGGAAGUAUAAGGAUCUUUGUUAUUUACUAUAGCUGUACCUUUUGAUAAUAGUAUUUAAAAUUUAGCUUGUAUGACAACAUCUUUACACUGUCCUUUGCUUGAUUAGGCCCACCACUAGCCGACUGGGGAGCCAUAAUAGUGGGAGAGACGUAGUUUCGGGUUGACCUAUCUACGUCAACUUAAAACCUAGUCGGUACUACGGGCUGGGGAGCCCCACUUCACGCCGGACCGGCCUGGCCGCUCCGCACUAGUGUCCUCAAGGUUGAGGAGUCUAAAACUUGAUGGAUGUGGGUGUGGUGCGAGAUAGUAAAGCUAAUCCACUGCACCUUGUAGGCGUACGGGAACCCAUCCCGGUCGCGAGAAAGGUAUGGGCCUCAAAAGCCCGGGUCCAGUGUUCCCCCCGAAGACCCUGGACCGGCGGGGGCUCACCGUCGUCGAUCCAGCAUCACGACUGCCGGCAAGUAGUGCCCAGCGCUAAGACGCGGACGGCUGACAGUAGGCAUCUGCUACAAAACCUCUGGGGAUCAGUUGUCUUCUACUUGAUUUAAAAGUUGUGCCUUUGCAAUUACUAUAUUUGUCUAGUGUUCCUGCAAUUGUAUUCAAUACAAUUAAUAUUGUUUCAUUUAUUUUUAAAUCUAUUACUACUCCUCCCAUUGGAUGGAAAUGUGAAUUAUAGUAGCACCUGGCCCAGGACAAACCUUUUUAUACUACUCAAGAUAAUUAAAUAAAAACCAAAAGGUAUUAAACCGUAACUCACAAGACAAGAUAAUAGUUGUUUUUUUCAUAGACAACAUUUUAAAGUACAGACACACAUCGUACCAAAUAAAAAAAAAAUUNUUCUGUAUUACUCUAUGGGUCACAAAGGUGGAACCAGUUGCGGCAAACCUCAUCGCAGCGAGUCAACCAGAAAUGAAGUACUGUGACGGAAGUCCACUGCAAUACUAUUUAGUAGUAGCAAAGAAUUUAAACUAUUGUAUUAUUCUAAACAUUGUAGAUAAAUUAAAGAUUUAUCAUUAUUAAAUAAUAUAUGAUACCAACAUUAAAACAUAACAAAAUAGCAUUUUUUUAAAAAUUAAAAUUUUUAAUUUUUAAUUGAUAAAAAAAUUAAAAAAAUCAUAGUAAAAAGCUCUUUAGUUCAUAACACGGAAAUAAAACUUGAAAGUAUCUAAUAGAACAAAAUGUAUACCUAUAAGGUAUCAGAUUUUAUUAUUACAACCUGUAUAUUUAUUUAUGUAAUUUUUUUUUUUAAUAUAUGUAGUUUUAAUUUUAUUCAGGAUCCUGAUAAUGAUAUUCACGUUCUUCACGACGAGGCGGCUAUAAGUGAAGUUACAAUAAUCAUGGAAAAUUCUCCAAAUGUCAGUGAGAUCGAUAAAGAGAUGGAAGAAUUCGUGGAAUACAAUAAUUUGACAGUAUCAUCCGUGGUGGUGCACAAGUCAGAUUCCAAACCAGUGCUCGAUCCAGUAAUCGACUGAGUAAUCAACCUG